GUCACUGUCCGGUGCCAUCGGCGAAAACGACCUUCUACAUAUCUUCGAUGCCCUUCCUCAUGAGACUCCGGCCAGGGGCGUGAAGGAUGCUAGGGAGAAGGCCUGGUCAGCUGGUGCCUACUGCCAGGGCACAUUGUGCGGCCUGCGGAAGAACACCAGGCGCUACCCGUUCUCGGUCAAAGCUGCUGUGAAGCUCUUGCGUGCCCAUGUUCCGCAUGCUGAGUUUUCUUGCGUUGCGAUUUAUUCCAACACUUGUACACCUUUUCAUCGGGAUCGGAACAAUCUGGCCGGAGCUUUGAACUACGUUUUACCCCUGACCGCCUUCACCAAAGGCGAGAUAUGGCUGGCCGAUGAGGCCGGUGACACAUGGCGCAAUACUCCGGAGGGCAGGUUGGACGACCUGCCACAGGACGAUGUGAAUUACCUGCUGGAGCUUGGUUUCCCGCUCCCGGGGCAUAAUGCUGUGCCCCUCUGCGAUCUUUCUGUGUCCGGGUGCGGUGACACUGCUGGCAUGUCGGUAGAUUGCGAGUCCUCGUCACCUGAUUCGCUCCACACUGUGACGUUUGGGCUGCCAUAUGCGGAAGAUGAAUUCAUACGGGCCGCUGUCCAUGCCGGGCACCCACGCGCCGCCUCGGGCGGUAUGCCUGAACAUCUUUCGUGGUGCAUUGACAUGCUAUCGAAGGCGUCCCCCCAGGCCGUCAUCCAGAGGCGCAGCAAGUGGCUGAGCAAGUGGACCAAACGGGCUAAGGAAAUAGGUCUUGAUCCGGACCCGACAUGGGAGGUCGCCGACCCGCAUAUGGCAGCUGUCAUGUCAUGCAAGAGGCUGCAACUGCUUGACGAAAUCAUUGCUGCCGAGGGGUAUGGUGACACGAACUUAGCCGCCGACAUGCGUGCAGGGUUUGAUCUAGCGGGUCGC